CAAGUACCCAGCUAGCUAGCAACUAGCUUCCCUCUCUCUACCUCAAAAAUGGCAACGAAAGUUUUCCGGCAGCUUAUCUUAUGCAUCUUCCUCUUCUCAUUAGCCCUUUCUCUCCCCUCUCAUGCAAGGCCAUCAAAACCCAAGGCUGAAAACCCAACAUCCUUCGACUUUAUUAAGCAUUUGGAAGGAUGUCAGAAAGGGCAGACAGUAAAAGGCCUCCAGCAACUCAAGAAAUAUCUUGAGAAAUUUGGUUAUCUAAACUACUCCCCCAACCAAACCGGUUCCAACGGCGACGAUUUUGACGAUUUGCUGGAGGCUGCCGUCAAAACAUACCAGCUCAAUUACCAUUUGAAAACUACCGGAACUUUAGAUGCCAAAACAGUGUCCCAAAUGGCAGCCCCUCGAUGUGGGGUCCCUGACAUCAUUAAUGGCACCAACUGGAUGCGAGCAGGUAAAAAAGAGGCCAACCACACACAAAAGACUCUCCACACCAUCUCUCAUUUUGUUUUGUUUUCUGGUAACCCGAAAUGGCCCCCUACUCAGUACCAACUCACUUACGCAUUUGAUCCCCAAACCAGCUCGGAUGCCAUAUCCGCCGCGGCCAAUGCAUUUAGCACGUGGGCUUCCCAAACUCCAUUUACAUUCUCUCAGAGUCAAGACUUCGCAAGUGCGGAUCUUCAAAUCGGAUUCUACCGCGGUGAACAUGGGGACGGGGCACCAUUCAACGGGCAAAAUGGGGUCUUGGCCCAUGCCUUUCCCCCCACUGAUGGUAGGUUUCACUACAACGGGGACUAUUCGUUUACAGUGAACCCGGUCGAGGAUUCAUAUCAUCUAGAGACUGUGGCCUUGCAUGAAAUUGGGCACCUUCUUGAACUUGCACAUAGCAAUGUCCAAGAAGCUAUCAUGUGGCCUGUCAUUCCUGCAGCAACAAUGAAAGGUUUGAAUGACGAUGAUAUACAAGGAAUUAACACUCUAUACGCGUGAAGGAAUACUUUGGCCAUGGUUUCUGUAAUCUACGGACGCCAUUGAUAUAGGGAAGCUACUAAAUUAAAGUCAUCCCCAAAAUGAAGGAAUAAAGAUGGGGUAUUUCUUGUUUGUGUUUACUACGAAGUACUAUCUACUAUCGUGUAUUCGAGUUAAGAUCUUAUCAGUUUUAAUUUGUCAAAGAAU